CCAACUGUAGACAAAAUGGAGCGCAAAGACAAUCAGUCUCCUCGAGAUGAAACCGCUCGGAUUCUGGUCGAGUUCCUGGAGGUGGCAAUCACUUCAAUCGUUUUCCUCAAAGGAAUCUACCCUCCUGGUACUUUUGAGAGAAGGAAGUAUAUGAACUUGGUGGUUCAUAGAGCUCGGCACCCUGAGCUGAGGGAUUAUAUCCAUUCUGCUGUCUAUGGACUUCUUCCUUUUAUCAAAAAGGGUCUGGUGGAGAGAGUAGCAGUUAUUUUCUUCAACAGUGACAACAACCCUAUAGAAAGAUUUAUGUUUAAGCUCGCCGUGGAUCAGUCUUGUGGCUCAAACAUUGGAGAAGCUGACCUGGAGUUCUCACUUAGGUCAUUCUUUAUCAAGCUUCCUGUCAUAGAAUCCGUUACUAGGGUUCUUCCCCAGGAUUGCAGGUGGGAGAUAACGGCGUAUUUUCAAUCCCUUCCUGAGGAAAGCUCAAGUAAAAAUGAAGAGUUGUGGAUUCCAACAGACACGAAGCAGUGGCAGCAACCUCCUCUAAUAACCCCUAUUAAGUCAAUGAGUAGUCAACCUCUCGCGGUGCAAUUGUAUUUAGAACAUCCAAGUAUAUCAGAACCAAAGCCUUGAAUGAAGACUACAACUUUUCAAGGACUCCAGGUAACAAUUGCAACAGCCAUUCUGCCCUCCAUGCUACAUUUAACUAUACCAUGUGACAGAAGAGUGAGUUGUAUAAACCUGGUAUGGCUGCCCUUCUUGCUGAUUGUAUGUCCUGUUCCAAUGGAUUCUUUGAAUCUAAAUUGGAUUUGACGAAUGAUUUGAAGAAGUCACUGAUUCAAAGUACCCAGACUAUUUCAGUUAAAUGUCAAUGAAAGAGCUUAUUAUCGAAAGGAACAAUUGGCUACUGAUAGAGUUUGUGGCCUCUCACAGUGGGAAAGAAGUUGAGAAUUCCAAGAGAGGGUAGCAUUGUAUAUGUUUUAGACUUUUAGCUGCGUAUGAUAGAUCAAAGUUGAUGAUCAAAUGUGCCCUUCUGUUAUUUAAUGAUAAAUUUUCGGUACUUGGAGGUGAACAUAUCAACUCAUGUAAUUUGGUAACUUUUAUAAAUUAUAAUGUU